AUGAUCCCCUUCCAGGCGUCUUCCCAGGAUCCUUCCCAGCCGUGUCUCUCCCCAGGAUCCUUCCAGCCGCACCUUCCCCAGGAUCCCUUCCGAGUCUUCCCCAGGAUCCCUUCCAGGUUCCCAGGAUCCUUCAGCCGUGUCUUUCCCAGGAUCCCUUCCAUGGUUCUUCCCAGGAUCCUUCAGCCGUCUUCCCCAGAUCCUUCUUCCUGUGUCUUCCCAGGAUCCUUCAGCUUGCCUUUCCCCAGGAUCCUUCGCCAGGAUCCCCAUCCCAGUCUCCCAGGAUCCUUCCAGCUCCCAGGAUCCUUCCCAGUCCUCCCAGAUCCUUCCUCCAGGAUCCUUCCCAGCCUUCCCAGGAUCCUUCCCAGCCGUGUCUCCCAGGAUCCUUCUUCCCCAGGAUCCCCCAGCCGUCUUCCCCAGGAUCCUUCCAGGUCUUCUCCAGGAUCCUCAGCCAGCCGUGUCUUCCCAGGAUCCUCAGUGCCCUUUCCCCCAGGUCCCCUUCCAGAGAUCCUUCCCCAGGAUCCUUCAGCUCCUGCAGGAUCCUUCAGCCUCUCCCAGGAUCCCAGUUCCUCCCCAGGAUCCUCCCAGGAUCCCCAGCCGUCUUCCCCAGGAUCCUUCUCCCAGGAUCCUUCACCGGUUCCUCCCCCAGAUCCUUCAGCCGUCUCCCCAGGAUCCCUGCCAGGCUCCUUCCCCAGGAUCCCUCCCAGGAUCCUCCCGUCUUCCCCAGGAUCCUUCAGCCGAUCCUUCUUCCGUGUUCUCCCCCAGAUCCUUCUUCCGUCUUCCCCAGAUCCUUCAGGUCUUCCCCAGGAUCCUUCUUCCAGGUCUUCCCCAGGAUCCCCAGCUGCCCCCCCGGAUCCUUCCCGUGCCCUUCCCCAGGAUCCUUCUUCCCGUGUCUCUCCCAGGAUCCUUCCAGGUCUUCCCCAUCCUCCUGUCUUGGCUCCCAGGAUCCCUUCCCCAGCCUGUCUUCCCAGGAUCCCAGCCGUGCCUUCCCAGGAUCCCUUCCCAGCCUUCUUCAUCGUGUCUUCCCUAGGAUCUCAGCCUUCCCCAGAGAUCCUUCAUGCCUUCCCAGGAUCCCCUCUGAUCCUUCAGCUGUGCCUUCCCCUCAGGAUCCUGUGUCUUCCCAGGAUCCUUCUUCCGUGCUCCCCAGGAUUCCAGCUUCCUCUCCCAAGAUCCUGGAUCUGCUCCCAGGAUCCUUCAGUGUCUUCCCCAGGAUCCAGCCGUGCUCCCUCAGGAUCCUCAUCCGUCCUCCGGAUCCUCAGCCGUGGAUCCUCUUUCAGCGCCUUCCUCCUUGUCUUCCCAGCCGUGUCUUCCCAGGAUCCCAGCCGUGCUCCCAGGAUCUCUAGAUCCUUCAGCCGUGCCUCCCCAGGAUCCUGUCUUCCCGGAUCCCAGCUGCUCCUUCCCAGGAUCCUUCCAGCCGUCUUCCAGGAUCCUUCUUCCUAUGAUCCCAGGAUCCUUCAGCCGCCUCAGAUCCUUUCCAGGCCUCCGGAUCUCAGCCGUGUCUUCCCCUAG